GCAGUUCUUGAAGGCCAAGAAGCAAGAAAAUAUUUUCCAAUUGAAUUACAAUCAGCAGACGGUAAAAAGGCUGAAAGGUGGAGGGCGAAACUUCCUACAUUUGUGUUUUAAAACGAUAAGAAAUACAAAAUCAGCAAGGAUAUGCCAUUUGUAUUGCUGGCCAUAAAGCCUUGAAGACUAUAAACGGUAAAGAGUAAAAACGGCAUAAUGUACUGAUAUAGAACAAUGUCACUUAGUUUUAUAAGAAAGCCUAGUUUUUAAUUGAGGCAGGGCCGUUCUUAAUUUUAGAGCAUUUUAAAGCUGUGUUCUUAACGAUGUUCUCAAAUUUUAGUGUAUAUAAAAAUAUAAUACACAAUGAAUCAUUAGGAAGAGAAUUACACAAAAAUCAAUAGCAAUUACAUCUGAAGGUUGUUAUUAUGAACACGAUUUUUUUGUAUUCGCCACAGACUACAACCGACAGUAAUAUUUUUCUGCUAUCUGUGCCUCGGUAUCUUCUAAGUGUGUUCUUAGAAUUUGGUGAAGUGUAAAGCUGGACGUUUUUAUAAAAAAGGUUCUUAUAAAAAAGUAUGUCCUUGAGAUACACCGAUACAUAUUUCAAUAACUCCUUUGACGUGUGUGUUCAGUGAUUUUUAUUGACACCUUUCCUAGAUAGAAUGUUUGGCCCGGCGGGAUCUAGUGUUGUUGACUGUUUUAGGAAAGUGAGAAUCAGUAAAAGCGCGCAAAUGUGCCAUCGAUUGAUCUAAAAUGGUGAAGUACAGGGGAAGACGUAUACAUAAUCCCAGACACUGCAAAGAUAAUAAUCAUUCUUUUGAUCCCAAAGCCAAGAAAAUAGCAUUUAGAAACGGAAAUUUAGAAACCGCGAUAUUGUUGUGACAAGUUACAAAGAUGACCUAUAUCUAAAUCUCCUUCAAAGAAUAUCAAUUCAUUGUUGUUUUUCCUAGGAUCCGAUAUAAUAUUCUGCAUUCUGUUUUUACAGCUUGUCGUGCGCAGGCCGUAUAUUCUCCCUAUCUCUGCCCUCCUCCUCGCAGGCAUGGUAACUAACUAUUUGUGCUCGCCAGUAAAAAGAAAAAAAAAAUGGAGUCGAGAAAAUUCAAACGCUCUCUGAGCCAACUCGUGAAUGCAUGUGUUUUUCCUGGUGUUCUUAUGUGCAUCAUAUAUACAGGAUACGGCUGAAACAAAGUAUCAAGGUAUCUACCAUAGACUAAGUACGGUGGCUACAAAAAGUAAAAAAAGUAAUUAAUACUUGCACGAAAACAAAUAUAUGCAAAUCGUUUAAUCGCUUUAGCGCCUCGUGAGUCUGCUGAAAGGAGUGUGGACUAAAAUACUAUACAGGGGCGUGUCUAUAGAAAAAACGCAGAAUCAGUAAAUCAGUAAAUAAUUCUUUUCGGAACUGCCAUUCUCAAAAUGCCAUCCUUAGCCCCGAUAGGUCGCUAGAUCUAUCUAGAAACUUCGAAUAUACACCGACAAUUACGGGCUUUCUUUACCGAUGAAUUUGUCAACCGUCAAGCUACCAUCUCAGUACACAUAAGCAGGGUUGGGCCCAGGCCCUCUCUUCUGGACACGUGACUGCUAUAUUUGUAUCGCAUCGAUUGAAAGUGUUGUGAUAACAUGUCAAAUUUCAGCCUAUUCUUUCCAUCCGGACAAUAAAUCACGCUACUGUCAUACAAUAUGAUUUAUGCUUGUUAACAGUCUGUAAGCGGGGGCCUUGUGUUUUAUUUGAACAGUAAAUUAAAUUCGAUUUUUAGUAUUAUAUGGGAAGAAUUGUGGAUAAGAUUAUUAGUGGAAAUCUAUCCAUUUCUUUUUACCCUGCUUGAGAGGCUAUGUCCUUUUACCAACAGAGACCCUGCUAACAGAGGCUUUUCCUUAGUGCUGUCUUUUGCAGUUAUGGCUACUCGCGUUUUCAGCACAAUUUCAAACGAAGAAAGCGGAAACAUAGAAUCACAAAUCGGCAAGUAAAGCGCUAAAACAAAAACAAAAGGAAAAGUAUUUUUACAUGUUUUUUUCCUAGGGUUCGAUAUCUGCAUUCUGAUUUUAAUGCGUGCGCGCAGGUCGAAUUUUACCCUUUCUCUGCCAUCCCUCCCCCAAAAAAAUGGAGUUUCGCAAAAAAAUGCAAAGGUCCUGUAAACCAACUAGUAAAUCCAUUUGUUUUCUCCUAGUUUUUUUUUAUGUGCAUCAAACUCGGAUAAAAAAAUGUAUCAAGGGUGAACAUUCCCAUGAUUCCGAGAUUAAAUAAAAUACACCAAAAACUGAAAUUCGACUCUAGGCUGCCAGAGUCAGAGGAUCGAAUUCCAGUUUUUUGGUGUAUUGUAUUUAUUCUUCUGGUUCACGAGCACGACUAUUUGGGCUUUUUGUAUUUAUUCGAUAUUAAAUAAACAUGUCCUUGUUUCUUUUGUUCUUUUUUUUUCUACGUAAUGAAAUGAUAUCUGCCGCACACUAAGUAAAGUAGGUACAAAAAGUAAAAAAAAAAAAAAUACACGAAAAGAAAAAAAGUCGUGCACGAAAACAAUGAGCAAAUCAUGAGUCAGCGAACGUUGCUGGACGAGUGCGGCCUAAAAUACUAUAAUAUAACAAUAUUUGUAUCGCAUCGUUCGAAAAGCUUUUUGACAACAUGCAAAAUUUCAGCCUAUUCUUACCGGACACAAUUAAUCACGCUAAUUAUGUGUUUUAUGCAUGUUAUGCAUUUAACAGUCUAUAAACAAAUAAAAGUUCAAAAUCGUAAUAUUCGAUGAAUAAGCGGGGGACUUUUGUUUUAUUUAAACAGCGAAUUCAAUUUGAUUUUUAGUACUUCUUUGGGAAGAAUUGUGGUUAAGUUUAUUUGUGGAAAUCUGUCCUCUUCUUUUAUAGAAACAGAUAAAAGAGAGAGAGAAAAUAUAAUAAUGUCUUGGAAUGCUGAGGGCAUAUUCUACUCUAAUCAAGAUACACAGCUAAAGUGGACAAGGAUUAAGGAUAGAAGGAAAUCUCUGCUAGUCGAGGGCCGGUCGAGAUUUCCAAGUGUUGAAGCUUAAACAGAAGGUACAUGAUCUAUUUAUUAACAAACAAGAACUAGGAAAAGCCAGAGUUUUCGUUGGGAAAAGAGAUUGAAAUUAAAAAAAAGAGGAUAACCACGCAGUAACGUCAUCAUGAAUAUGACGUCAUUUAACUAUACGGACCGUCCGCCGUACCCGUUCAACACGAGCGCGAGUAAUGUGGUCCGCGCGAUCCUCGUGGCGUUACUCAUCCUCCUUAACCUCUCCGGGAAUAUUAUGGUAUGCGCAUGUUUCUAUAGCAACCGCAGCCUGAGGACACUGUGCAACUACUUCAUCGUGAGCCUGAGUCUGGCGGAUAUCUGUAUCGCGCUGUUCGCUAUGCCUUUCUGGUUGGUCAUCCAACUGACCAAUAACCAGCUGGGUGACGUCAAACUCGUUCUGAGCGACCAGGUAUAUACGUUCUGGAGCUGUAUGGACAUUCUUGUUGGCACCGCCUCCAUCACCAACCUCGUGGCUGUUAGCUUUGACAGACAGCUGGCAAUCACCGCACCGUUCACUUACCCUAAGGUGUUCACGCACGCGCGUGUGAUCGCGCUCAUCUGCGCGCUGUGGGUGUACUCGAUCGCCAUCACGCUCGUGCGCGGAUUCGCCGAUCCAAAAUUCCUCCAGCAAUACUACACACUUAUGGUAGUCAUCCUCAGCUUUUUCAUACCUUUUAUGGUCAUGUUUGUGAUGUACGCUAAGAUUUAUCACGUUGCAAGAUCGCAGGCGAGGCGGAUAGGCGGGAACUUUGCGCACGACCUCAAAGCUGCUAAGACGAUAGCGAUUGUGAUUGGUACCUUUCUUGUCUGUUGGGGACCAUUCUUCUUGUAUAACUUCUCCACUUAUUUAUUUUUUUGCUGCAAGCUGAAGUAUGACAUCAAGGUCAUGGUGCCGGCGAUACAGUGCGUCAAAUGGCUUCAUUACCUCAAUAGCUGCCUAAAUCCGAUCAUCUAUACUUGCCUAAAUCGUACUUACAGGACGGCUUUUUUGAAGUUGAUGAGGAGCUGCUGUAGUAAGGGAAAUUUGGAUGAAGGGUCUUUCAGGAGUUCGAGUUCUACUCAGAAAAAAAAUAGUGAAAAGACCGAGUUUAUCACGAGAGAUUCGGAUUCGAGUGAAAACGUACGGAAGAAUGGCAAGAUGUCCAGUAUCGUCGAGAUGCUCCGGCGACACAGGGAUGAACGGAAAGUGUGAAAUCUUGAGGACAAGACGACUUAAGGGGUGCCAUCAACUUGGAUGGCGAUGUCUUAAUGGUUUAUCCAUCUUUACUUCAAAUACGAUUAAUUGCAAUACUGGUUUCUCUAUUAAGCGGUCACCAUGGAACAAAAGAUACGCCAUAAAUUAGAAUGGACGUCGCGAACAAAACUGUCAUAAGUUACAUUAGAAGCUUGUGGUAAACUAGUUACCUUUUUGUCCUAAAAGGUCACAAAAAAUUAGCUGCAAGUUUAGGAGUUUUUAGUAGUGUUAAAGAGGCGACAGUGCAACUGAUAAACGCUUAAUGAGGGUGGUCGCUUAAUAAGAUAUUUUUUAGGGAAUUGGGAAAAUAGCCGCUAAAUAGAGAUACCACAGAAAAAAAAUCGAUCGUCGUCAUUACCAUCAAUAUUAGCGCCAUCCUUAAUAUCUUAGAGGUUAUAGUAAUCUCUGAUAGGAAUAUUGUAAUAGCCAUAUUUUUUUUUAUAUCUCAGAGAAGUAUUAUAAGCUCAAAUAGUCACUAACAGGUGUUAGUGACCACCACCAUUAUCAUUAUCGUCAUAUGAUAAAAUUCAUCAUCACCAAUGUCAUCAUCAUCUUCAUCAUCGUCAUCAUCAUUAUCAUGAUUAAAAUGAUUAACAUGACAACGUCGUUAUCGUCAUCAUCUUCAUCUUUAUCGUCGUCAUCAUUUUCAAAUCAUCAUCAUCCUCUUCGUCAUCAUCUUCGUUAUCAUCAUCAUCAACAACAUCAUCAUAAUCGUUGUCAUCGACAAAAUCAUUAUCAAAUAAUCAUCACCGUUGUCGUUGUGCUAUCAUUAACACACCAUCUUUCUUCUUCGUUGUCGUCAUCAUCACUAUCAAAAAAUUAUAAAUAAAUAUCAUAAUUAUUCUGAGUCAUAAUAUUUAUCGUCAUCUAUAUCGUCGUCAUCAUCAUCAUUAUCAAAUGAUCAUCCUCUUCGUCAUCAUCAUCUUCGAUAUCAUCAUUAUCACAACGCCACUAUAUCCUUUCUCGUCGUCAUUGUCAUCAUUAUUAUCAAAUCAUUAUCAUCUUUGUCAUUAUAUCAAAUGAUCAUCAAUUUUGUAAUCGUCAUCAUCAUUAUCAGGCAUGACUACUCAAGAUAAAAGACUGAGAAAAGCUGAACGGUCUUCACGAUAGCAUCAUUGCUCUUUGAUCACUCCAUGGCCUGAACAGUGUCGUGAAUGUUUCAUUUAGUUCAAAUCACGGAUAUAUACAAGUCAAGUUAGGUUUUAGUGCAAACAACGCCAAUAUCAGACAGCAAUGGUGAUACCGCUACGCUCGGCUGACGACAAGACAAAGAAAAUGAUAGCGAACUACUUUGUAGAAGCACUAUCCAGCAUGGUGUACAAGCCGCGCCAGCAUUGUUGCGCCAGCGUCUCACCAGCGGUUGGUGUGUUUUAGCUGAUUGUGCGGGGUUUAAAUGUCAUAAUAGCGUAUGGAUCGGAAAUAUGUAUGUAUAUGCUUGACUAGAAUACAUAAAGGGAAGUUUAAAAUCAAUCUAAUAAAACAUUUUAAUACAUUAGCAAACAAAAGGGAAAAUCUGAGCUAUCAAGCGUACUUUACGUAGAGGUAAAGAAAACUUAAAUAUAUUAGUAUUUUAGCAACAAGUAUUUUAUAAAGACACGAUUUAGAUUACUAUAUUGAAUGAGACAUAAAAUAAAAAAUGAUUAAUCGAAAUGUA